AUGCCGAUGCCGCACCGCGUUCUCACCUGGACCUUCUGUGUGCUGUGCCGUGCCAAGUCUUCCAACGCUGAAAUGUCCGCCGAUGCGCUAGCCCUCUCCUUUGGCAAGUUCCUCGAGCUCAAGUUCUACGGCGACCGACACUACUACUACGGGCGCUACGACCUGCUGGUGGUCAGCUUCAAGUACGACCCGAUAGUCCUCUACGAGGUGGUGACGCCGGCUCCGAUCAUUGUGACGACGCGAAAUCAGUUUUCAAAACUCGAGCUCAUCAACUACCUGCAGGAUCUCACCAUUCGAGGACAUGAGGUCUUUGCCAAAGUGGGCGAGGAGAUUGAGCGCUUGCGAGAGGCCAUUACCGUGAAGGUGAAUGCUCAGGCAAAUGGUGGAGGUGGUGGUGGUGGUGGUGGUGGUGGUGGCAGUACUGUGGCCCUUCCCACCACUCUCUCCGGGCUCAACUUUGAGUCGACGGACCUGGCUCACGUGGAAGAGUGGACUGUUCGCCUGCGCACCGAGGAGGCUGAUUUUGUGGCGGCCAUCAAGGAGUCGCACAUUGCCAUCUCCAGCUCGGAAACGGUCAACAGUCUGCCCGUGUUGGAGCUCUUUCGCAUGCAGAACCGCGUCAUUCGCACGAAGAAGGCCGUGGUGGAGGUGGUGGCAGCCUGGAACGACCGACUCAACGACUUUAUUACCGCUCGGAAGCGCAAUCCUGACAAGCUGAUCACCUCGCUAAUGAAUCGCAUUCUUCCCUCUGAUAAGCAGCAGAAGGAGCAACCCGACACCAUGUCCAAUAAGAGCUUUGAUCUGGACAAGCCUGAUUCAGGCGAUCAGCAGACGGUGCAGACGGGCACAGUCAGCGGACUGUCGCCAUCAUCGCUGAGCAACAGUCAGGAGAACCUUCUCGAGGUGAGCCCGACGGCUUCCCGGCUGACUAGCCUCACUUCCAAGGUAAUCUCCAAGGUGUCCUCCAAGACCGCCAGUAAUGCUGGUGCGAGUGAGGGCGGUGGGGAGAAUGGGCCACCGGCCACAUCCUUUGCGGCUCGCUUCCUCAGCGGUCGUCUGGCAGUUGACGAAGCCUUCUUCUCCAUUGGCAAUCCAUUCGAGUCGACCUUUGCCCGAGAGUACGCCAUGUUUGAGCACUUUCAGCUGCCGACGUUCAAAGACAUAUCAAUCAUCGUUCGAGACAAGGACCUUGGCUCCAUCAUCGCCUACGCCAUGACCACGCCAGAGUACGAGCGAAAGUUGGCCGAUCUACGACCACCGGCGACCAGUCAGCAACACUUUAAGCGGUUGUCCAGUGUCGAUGGCAUACUUGAUAAGUCAACGGAAAACUAUGUCGACGGGUCGGCGAUGAGCGUUCCCUCAAAGACUGAACAAAGUGAAAUUGCCUCGAGUGUGAAGAGCGGCACCGUGAGCGGCGCUGAACUGUCGCAGCACAUUGACGUGCAGUACAAUGACGCCUUUGCCAAGUUUUACUGCUGCGUCUACUUUGCCGAGCACUUUCGCCGUCUUCGCUCGGCGGUGCUCACUGACGGGGACGCCUCCAAUCGGGAGACGGUCCGCCGGCUGCUGCCCAGUGGGGAGCAAGAGUCGUCCUUCGUCAGCUCUGCCGCCGAGGAGCUGUACAUUCACUCAAUUGCAAACUGCAUUCCCUGGAACGCCAUUGGCGGCAAGUCGGGCAGCACCUUCUCAAAGACGCAGAACCAACGGUUCAUCCUCAAAGAGGUCAGCAAAGGAGAGCUCAAUCACUUUAUCACCUUUGCCCGAGACUACGUAGCGUACGUCGAGCGGGCGUUGCUGGAGAAGCGUCCUUCGGCCUUUGUAAAGAUCAUCGGCGUCUACCAGAUCAGCUACAAGAACAGCUGCACGAACAAGGCCUCGGUGCACCACAUUCUGGUGAUGGAGAACCUCUUUUACGAGUGCAACAUUUCCUUCAUCUACGACCUGAAAGGGUCGAUGCGCAAUCGCAAGGUGGAGAUCAACGUGGCCGCCGCGGCAGACGCUGAGAUGUCCACCGGUGGAGAGGAGACCAGCGCCAACGGAAACUCUGCCUCUGUGGAUCAGGCAACCGGAUCAAGCAAUAGCCGAGGUAAUAAUGUCCACGACGAGGCGAAGCUGUACCAGAACAAUCACGCACAGACGAGCACUGUGCUGAUGGACGAAAAUCUGCGACUCAUCUCGACUGUGUAUCCACUGUACGUGCACCCCCACUCGAAGCGCCUCCUCAUGGAGGCCAUCUUUCGGGACUCAGAGUUUCUGCGCGCCCACGUCGUCAUGGACUACUCGCUGCUGGUGGGCUUCGACGACCAGUACUCGGAGUACGCCGUCGGCAUUAUCGACUACGUGCGACUCUUCAACUGGGAGAAGGAGAUUGAGUUUCGCGUAAAGAAGCUGGGCAAGACCAUUGACCCGACCAUUGUGCACCCGAGUCAGUACCAGCGUCGCUUUCUGGACGCCAUCAACGAGUACUUUGUCGACGUUCCCGACAAGUGGGCGCCCUAUAUGCCGCUAGUGCCCCUAGCCGGAAUGAGGAUCGGCGGCGGUGUCGGUGGACACGACGGUGAAACUGCCUCUGGAGGCGACCAUUUGAACGGUGCAAUUUCCGCUGACAACCAACAAGGAUCAUCUACUGAUGAUGUGAUCCUCUGA